AUGGGUAAUGGGCCGCUGGAGCGACAGCUCCACUUUGAAAAGAAGAACCAUGAUCUUAUCAAGCUCCCGAAGUAUGCAAAGGUCGAAAAGCGACCUAUUCCCCAUGCGCCGGUUGCCUCUCCAUACGCUGGCGCCUCGGUACCGAAGAUUGUCUAUAUUUCGAGCAGGUCUCCCUUCAUGAGCGUCGUGAAGCGCGUCCAGAAACUGCUGCUCCAGGCUGAGAAGCGCGCCACAGCUAAUAUCAGCCUCGAGGACAGCCGGAAGACAGAGCAGCAGAAGCUUGCGGAGCUUGCUAAGGCUGCCGACAAAAGGGAAGAAGUGUUCGUCAAGGCGACCGGGCGUGCGAUUGAGAAGGCUCUCAAUGUGGGCAAAUGGUUUGAAGAGAAAACAACGGAGUACGCUGUUCGCGUGAAUACUGGUAGCGUACUUGUGGUGGAUGAUAUCGUCGAGGAUGAGGAGAAGAAGGAGCAAGAGUUACAAAAGCAACAACGUCAGGAAGAGCGACAGCAGAGUGGGAAAACCGACAAAACACCAGCGCAGCAAAACGCUGCGAGCGGUGAGAUGCAAUCGGAGAAACCCCGGAAAUCCGCAGCCAAGGACCCCGCAAAGAACAAGAAGCGACCUGCUGCUGUGAUAUCUGACGACUCUGAACUCCCGGAGACACGAACUCGCUGGAUCAAGAUGGUCGAAAUAGCCGUGAGCCUCAAGUGA